AUGUCUGAUAGUUCGGGGCAUCUAUCCGACACUCUGAAAAAGGCACUUAAAGCUCUUCAGACUCUUCAGCGUUUAGCGGAUCGCGACUUGACCUCCCGAGGUCGCAAUGAAGAUGCGGUUAACACAAACGAUGCACCACUGGAGAACAACUCUGGUCAAAACCCAGCUCAACAAGGAGAUCAAGAUAGCUUCUGGAAUAUGGGUGCGGACGACUGGUCCUUACCUUUCAACUUCGACAUGUCACCUCUUGGUGCCUUUGACUACAUCAUGUCAGACCAGAAUUUCUCUGGAGACUCAUUUCUGCCAAUCAUCUAA